AUGGAGAAUGCUGAAGUGGGAAACACCGACAUCCACUGGUACCGAGAACUACCCGGGCAGGACAUGGAGUGGGUUUUAACACAUGAGGCAGGAGGCAGCGUACGAAGGAGACCAGGCUUCACUGAGCGGUUCCAGCCAUUCAAAGACACCUCCAACAGCAGCUUCAUCCUGACGGUCACAAACGUGACGCUCAAUGACUCUGCCGUCUAUUACUGCACAGUGUGGGGAGAUAUCAGAGGGAACGGAACCCAGCUCAACGUAACCAAUCCCCUGGAUGAUCCGGUCCUUAUCCAGUCUCCGUCAGUCAGCAAGGUGGCAGAGGGUGUAACUGUGCAGUUGCAAUGUGUCUUGCACAAAGCCGGUGUGAAUGACACUGACGUCCACUGGAACCAGCAGCGACCUGGGAAAAACAGCGAGUGGAUAAUGAGCCACUUUGUGGAUGGCAACGUCACCAGGUCCAGCUGCAUCUCUGACCGCUUUAAUUCUUUCAGGAAUGCCAUGAGCAACAGUUACAUUCUGACCAUCGCCAAUGUCUCCAUCAAUGACACAGCUGUCUACAACUGCAGUGUGUGGAGUUACAUCUAUGGAGCAGGGUCCCAGCUCAAUGUAACUGUGGAAAACACUGACGUCCACUGGUACCGAGAACUACCCGCGCAGGACAUGGAGUGGGUUUUAACACAUGAGGCAGGAGGCAGCGUACUAAGGAGACCAGGCUUCACUGAGCGGUUCCAGUCGUUCAAAGACGCCUCCAACAGCAGCUUCAUCCUGACGGUGACAAACGUGACGCUCAAUGACUCUGCCAUCUAUUACUGCACAGUGUGGGGAGAUAUCAGUGGGAACAGGACACAGAUGAUUGUCAUUAGCCCGCUGCGCUUCCGGCCCCGUUAG